AUGUACAAAGCCGCUUGUUUCCCAACAGAUGGUGCUUGCCCUGUGAUUAUCAAUGUGCCUUCUUUGUUGCAUCACGAAUGCUCCUGCACUCAUAUCACUCAACUCAAUUACCACUUGUUCUUUCCACCCACCAUCCUUGCUGCACGAGAAGAACUACAUAAAACUUACUGGGACAUCCAUGACACACUAGAUGAAGAAGCAUCUACUCCAAUACCUGAAUACAAUGAUGACAUCCUACCCAUUCUGUCUUUUGAGCGUGAGCCAAGCACCCAUAUCCACUCCAUAACUCUCGACAGAGUACCUUCUUUUACAACUCCCAUCAUUUACCUCAACAAUAAGUUCACUAUGUUGUUUCACAAGCAAUCAACCAUAUCUACCAUCAAGAACAAAAUCGUAAAUGACCUGCUCGACACCCACCUGCAUUUUUACCAUGACCAUUGCAAAUGGCGUGGUGGAAUUGUUAUCAUCAAGCACUCCCAUUCAGAUCCUUCCACCGCCACACACCUCCCCCAAAGAGAUAUUGGCCUUUUGAAUAUCUUGGUUCCUGCGUGUUUUGGGCGUACCUCCAAGGUUCAGAAGGCUGGAAAACAGGCGCACCGUGUCAAAGAGGCUAAUGAAAAAAGGUUGCAUCAAAUCAGAGAUCUUUUGAAGGAUGAUGGUCUAAUGAUAGAGAAUAUGUUGUCUGAUCAUGCCAUGGCCGACAUUGAUUCCAAUCUGUCAGAACCUGCUAGAGAUUUGAGUGCGCACUAUGAUGAAAAUGACGAGGAAUAUUUGGAGGAUUUGGCACAUGAAAUGGCGGAUACAACAGGAUAUGCAUACAUGGACCCGUGCACUCAUCGUGAUUGUACGGAAGUGCAAAAUUCUCAAUGGGAUCUUCAGAUGGAUUAUCUUGUGCAGGCCUAUCUAACAUACAGGCACAUGGACAGCAUGUUACAAUCUCUAUUGGACAUUUAA